UUUGGGUGAUUAAAAAAAACAACAAAGCGCCUUUUGAACCCCGUUUUUAGAAACGCCCGUCGAUUAUAGACCCCAAAAGGUGAAAAGCCGCCCCCAAAAUCCCCUUUUUUCCACUUAAAAUGGGGCGAGGAGUGGGGGGGGAGGUUUAGGGUCCCGCCGCCCUCGCCGGGGGACCCGCAGUCUUCAUUCAGGUCCGCACCGCCCCCCUCGCUGCGCCUCGUCGGCCUACCAAGUCCUCACUCCGGUCCGCACCCGAGGGUAGGGGGGGUGCAGAGGAGGAGCAGCCAAUGGGACGCCGCGGCGGGAGGGGAAAGCAGCCAAUCAGAGCGCGCCCACGCCUAUAAAAGGCGAGGCGCCGGGGGUUGGCGGGAAGAGCGGCGUGGGGAUGGUGCGGGCGAAGCAGGCGACGGGCGGGAAAAAACGACCCCAAAAUGCUCCUUCUCCGGCCCAAAACCCUUCCAAAAAGCGCCCCCCUCCCCCCAGGGCUCCGUCGCUUUGGGAAAAGCUUCGUUUCUCCCGGAAAAAAGCCCCGAAGCUGCUGCCGGAGGCUCUUUUGGUGGGGCUGGUGCGGGGCCUGUCCCCGCUGCGGGGGGGUUUUGGGGCGCGGGGGGGUUUUGGGGUGCGGGGGGCGGCGCUGGCGGCGCUGCGGGAGGGCUGCGAGGCCCAGAUGCUGGGGCUGCUGGAGGAGUGGGGGCUCUGUGCCCUCCACGCCAAGCGAGCCGCCCUCCGCACCGCCGACAUCCGCCUCGUCCGCUGCCUGCGGGUGAAAAGAGGAUGAUCUUAUUUUUUUUUUUCCAUUUCCCCCCCUAAAAAUCCCAAAUCUCAACACUGGGGAGUCAGCUCCGGACAUGCCCUU